AUGGGGGCAAAGGGGAAGCGCCAGUCCAUCUCCAGGAGCCUGUGGAGGAGGAAUAAGCAGGAGAAGGCGCGUCGGGUCGAGGAGGCCCUGGAGAUGGAGGGCGCGGAACCUGCCAAAGAGGGGUUGGGGGUCUUGAAGACCCACGAGGCUGAGCCUCUUCGUGCAGCGUUUGGCGGCCUAGAGAGGCCCGCUGAGGCACCACGCCAGCCAGCCAUGGAUAAGGAGAAUCUGCGGCCAAACAAGGCGAACCGGGCUCCUCUGCUGGUUCCCUAUUCUUCCUUUCCUGGUGGUGGCGGAGGUGGCCUUCACCGUCAUUCUCUCGAUAUCUCGCGGCCCUACCAUGUCGACCACCAUGUUCCAUGGUUUCCUACCUCUGGCCAGUAUUCACUCACACAUCAGAGCACGCCAUUUAGCCAGAGAAUUUCUCGCUUGGGACAUCCCUCCCCUCCUAACAGCUACAGUCCAAGCGAGGAUCCUACAAAUACUCCAUUCCGUAGCUGCCAUCUUCCCCCUCCUUUCUCUCCUCACUUGUCGACCACACGCAGCCGUCACCGAGUCAUUUCCACUGAUCACGCACAUUCAUACAGCUUGAAUAAAAUACAGGAAGUGUCGACUCCCUCUCACCAGUCUAAUGCACCAGAUAUGCAUUCCGACAUCAGCCUCACUUUUUAUUCUUGCUCUGGUGCCUUCGCCUCGAUCUCUCACUCUGUUCAUAGAAUCGUUGCAUCGAAAAACCAGCGUUUAUCCUCUGUUCUUCUCCAGCUUGAGGAUAGACAGUCUGCCCAAAUCUACAUCUCGGCUGGAAGAGCUUUCACCUACCCGUCUGCAUUUGUCUCGGCUCUGCUUCACUUCUAUGAACAGCCCCUGAUCAGCCAAGAUCAGUUAUUCUUUCACAUACCCCUUUGCGUGAGCCAGUCUGUCCAGAAUCAGCUUUGCAACGAUGUUGUAGCUUCGGCUACAAGUAUUUCGCGGAUGAACUUUGUCCUAUGUUUUGCGACAGCCGGUGUAUUUUUUAUGGAAAGCCAGAUCGUGGAACAUGCGUUAAGCCUGCUUUCUAGUGUAUUGUCUUGGGAAAACCUGGACACAGCUUUGUCCUUUGGAACAUGUCCAAUACCCUUCGAGCUCACCGUCAUCGACCAGGAUACCCAGAACAAAUCACUUGGAAAUUAUUCGAUUGACUCGAAAGACAGCGACGGCUCAACAACCUCAUGCGAAAUCUCUCAAGAUACCACCACUCUUACAGCCUUAGCUAGAAGAGUCCUGAACAUUUCACUCCGUUUCGUCGUGGACAAUAUCCCGGUGGGAUUCAAAUUCGAGAGACCCAACAGCUCAUCUACAUCAUCUCUCCACCACACUGGCAAUCCAACCAAUAUAUCCCUACUUUUUGUCUCUCUCCCCUUUAACCAAUUACGCAAAGUAUUCAAGUACAUGCGUUUUCAGGGAAAACUUAAUGAAGAACUAGUUGUCGAAGUUAUUCAGGAACGUGAAGCGCACCGAAUGCAGAUGCUAAGAAAACUUGCUGGAAAAGGGCCAUUACCUAGCCAACUUGAUUCCGAACACGAGGUUCUUGGAUGGGAGGAACAAGCUUUAUUCAAAGCAGAGCAGCCCCUGGGUGCUAUUAUAGGCCGCGGCUGGACUGGUUCAGAGAUUCGUGCAGCGCUGCUUGCGUCUUCCCGUUUAAGACGAUCGAAGAGCCUUUGA